CGGUCAGACCGUGCAACAGCAUCCUUAGCACUGGUAGAAGCCGUGGCGACGUCACUGUUUGCGAACAACAAUGCUGCGGGUAUAGAUGCGACUAAGAGGAAGUGCAAACAACCAAAGCAGAGGAAACCACUGCAUGUGAGAUCCGCUGAUUAGUUUCUUCACACCGUUCGGAGUCCUUAAAGAUCCAUUACAGCCGCUGGGAGCGGACACUGGAAUUACACCGAGCUUUAGUUUCAUCCGCAUCCCUUGUCUGUAUCAGAGGAAACCAUCAUCUGCGCCCCCGGUGACCCAGAAACGAAGCAGUCGUGUGACAGAUGGAGAAACAGGCCGGAGGUGCCGGCGCUGGGGACGGUGCAGGGGCGAACAGAAAGCCGUGGGGCUCGCCGACUUGCGGCGCGGCAGCCGGUGAUACCCUGGACAGUCCAACAGGUUCUCACGUAGAAUGGUGUAAACAGCUAAUAGCAGCCACAAUCUCCAGUCAGAUCUCAGGAUCAGUCCAACCAGACAUUGGGAGCAGGGACAUCAAGGCUGGGAGAAGACCAGACUUCAUGACCCUCCCAGGUCUGAGAUACGGAGCACAGGUCAAAAUGUUCCAGAACCAGGUUCCUCUGCUCCCUGGAGAGACCAUCCAAACUACAGUCAAGGAUGUGAUGUACAUUUGUCCAUUCAGCGGUCUGGUUACUGGGACUUUGACCGUCACAGACUACAAGCUGUACUUCAUCAGUGUGGAAAAGGACUCUCCCUUCAUUCUGGAUGUGAACCUGGGAGUCAUCAGCAGGAUCGAAUCUAUCAGUGUUCCCAACCAAGGAGAGAACAACAAGGGACUGGAGCUGGUCUGCAAGGACAUGAGGAGUCCCAGGUUUGCCUAUAAGAUGGAGGAGAGCCAGCCGGACGUGGUGGAGGUGCUGACCAAACAUGCCUUUCCUCUGUCCCACAGUCUGCCCUUGUUUGCCUUCCUGUACAAAGAGCAGUUUCCUGUGGACGGCUGGAAGGUGUAUGACCCAGCAGCAGAAUACAGACGUCAGGGGCUUCCUAAUGAGAGCUGGACCAUCAGUAAGAUAAACAGCACCUAUGAGCUAUGUGACACGUAUCCUUCCGUCCUGGUCAUCCCCACCAACAUCACAGAUGAAGACAUCAAACGAGUGGCUGUGUUCAGAGCCAAGCACCGUAUACCGGUCUUGUCCUGGAUCCACCCGGAGUCUCAGGCCACCAUCGUACGCUGUAGCCAGCCGCUAGUUGGGCCGUCAGACCGUCGCUGUAAAGAAGACGAACGCUUUCUCCAAAUCAUCAUGGACGCCAACGCUCAGUCCCACAAGCUCACCAUCUUUGAUGCCCGACAGAGCAGCGUGGCCAUCACCAACAAGGGAAAGGAUGGAGGGUAUGAAAGUGAGAGUUUCUACCCCAACGUAGAGCUAAACUUCCUGGAAAUCCCAAACAUUCAUGUGAUGAGGGAGUCUCUCAGGAAGAUGAAGGAUGUCGUUUAUCCUACCAUAGACGAAGCUCACUGGCACUCCUUUAUCGACCAGACGCACUGGCUGGAGUACAUACGGCUGUUAUUAGCAGGAGCAGCAAAGGUAGCUGAUAAGCUGGAGUCUGGGAAGACGUCGGUGGUGGUUCACUGCAGCGACGGCUGGGACAGGACAGCCCAGCUUACCUCUCUGGCCAUGCUGAUGCUGGACAGUUACUAUCGCACACUGAGAGGCUUCCAGGUUUUAGUGGAGAAGGAGUGGAUUAGUUUUGGACACAAGUUUGCUGCUCGCGUGGGCCACGGUGAUGAGAACCAUGCUAACUCAGAGCGCUCGCCUCUGUUCGUCCAGUUUAUCGACUGCGUCUGGCAGAUGACUCGACAGUUCCCAGCAGCCUUUGAGUUCAAUGAGCUCUUCCUGAUCACCGUGCUGGACCAUCUGUACAGCUGUCUGUUUGGUACAUUCCUCUACAGCAGUGAACAGGAGCGGGCCAACCAGGAGGUUCCAGCCAAGACUGUGUCUCUCUGGUCGUACAUCAACAGCCAGCCCGAGGACUUCACCAACCCCUUCUACGUGGACUAUGAGAACCACGUUCUCUACCCGAUGGUUUCGCCCAGACACCUGGAGCUUUGGACCAGUUACUAUGCCCGCUGGAACCCACGCAUGAGGCCACAGGUACCAGUGCACCAGACUCUGAAGGAUCUGCUGAUCCUGAGAGCAGAGCUCCAGAGGAGGGUGGAGGAGCUGCAAAGAGAGGCUUCAUCCCACUCCCUGUCGUCCUCCUCGGACCACUCCCCGACACACACCGCAGGAACCCCGCUGCACACGGCUGUCUGACAGGGACGGCCACACAUGACUGCUUUUAUGUGUUUUAACAAAGUUACACCAAAAUACUAAUUGACUGAUAUUUUUAUCAACAUUUCCAUUUGAGAAAAAUAAAAUAACUCCUCGAGAUAUUUGUAAAAUUAAAAAGCAUUUAGAAAAUGUUUUAAACUAGACCUAACUGAAGGGUCCUGUUAACUAUAUUUAUAUUGUUUUUAUUGCACUUCACAAGAGCAUGGAUUUUUUUCUACUGUUCAACCAAAGCAUGUUAGAAAACAUGUUAAUAUAAAGUGAUUUGGGUUCAUUUUCUUGUUGCACUCUGUGGAUGUUGCACCAGUUCAACCU